AUGGCGAGAUGUUUCGAACCGCCAAGCGCAAGCCCAGAAGAUGACUCGAUUGUUCUCUUCUCAACACUCGACUCCCCAAUACAACACCGCGAGAAAAACCGAAAGCCUUAUUACAACCUAAUCGUAACAAACUUAUCCUACACCAUCCGAAAAUCCGAACAACCCUUUUCGAACCUCAUUUUCCGAGUGGUAAAAAAGGAGGAAAAACCUAUCGAAAUUCUCAAAUCAGUCUCUUUCACUGCACGAGCCUCCGAGAUUCUGGCGGUCGUGGGCCCGAGUGGCACCGGUAAGUCUUCCCUCUUAAAAAUUGUUUCCGGAAGGAUCCAAGACAAAUACUUCGACCCGAAGUGUAUCAAACUCAACGAAAACCCAUUAACGAGCCAAGCCGAGAUGAGGAAAUUAUGCGGGUUCGUAGCUCAAGAUGAUACCCUAUUCCCUCGACUCACGGUCAAAGAGACGCUAAUGUUUAGCGCCAAGUUUAGAUUGAAAGAGAUAACCUCUCGAGAAAGAGAAACUCGGGUCGAUAGCCUAAUGCAAGAGCUCGGCCUCGAGCAUGUAGCGGAGAGUUAUGUCGGAGAUGAAGAAAAUCGAGGAAUUUCGGGCGGAGAGAGAAAACGAGUGUCGAUUGGGGUCGAUGUGAUAAACGACCCUCCGAUUCUUCUCCUCGACGAGCCGACUUCUGGGCUCGACUCUCGUUCGGCUUUUCGAGUCGUCGAGCUUCUCUCCUCCAUGGCAAGGGCUAAGCAGAGAACUAUCGUUUUCUCCAUUCACCAACCAAGUUACCGAAUUCUUCACCACAUAUCGAACUUCUUGAUCCUCUCUCACGGCUCGGUAGCUCACCAUGGCUCACUCGAGUCGCUCGAGCGAGCCAUCACGGGACUCGGGCUUAAAAUCCCGUCUCGAUUAAACCCGUUGGAAUUCUCGAUGGAAAUCAUAUCCACUCUCAACGAGUCGUAUUCGAAAAACAACCACCUCCCGGAAGAAAACUCGUAUCUUUCGUAUUUAGCAAUUCAAGUCGGACCCGACCAAUUUCUUCCGAGAGCUUAUGAAAUAUCGGUGCUCUGCGUACGGUUUUGGAAGAUCAUUUACCGAACGAAGCAACUUCUACUCGCCCGAACAAUGCAAGCCAUAGUCGGGGGUUUUGGUUUAGCGAGCGUAUAUGUGAAAGUGAGAAAAGACGAAGGUGGGGUUGCGGAAAGACUCGGCCUUUUCGCCUUCACUCUGAGCUUCCUUCUUUCCUCAACGGUCGAGGCCUUGCCGAUUUACCUCCAAGAACGACACGUCUUGAUGAAAGAAGCUUCUAGAAGUUCUUACAGAGUUUCAUCGUACGUGAUCGCCAACACUUUAAUAUUCUUCCCGUUUUUGUUCGUGAUCGCGAUUCUUUUCUCCGUCCCAUUAUAUUGGAUCGUGGGAUUAAACCCUUCUCUCUCUGCUUUCGCUUUUUUCACGCUCGUCAUUUGGCUUAUAGUGUUGAUGGCGAGCUCGUUGGUGCUUUUUCUAAGCGUUAUAUCGCCCGAUUUCAUAACCGGGAAUUCUUUAAUCUGCACGGUUCUUGGCUCGUUUUUUCUCUUCUCGGGUUAUUUCAUACCGCGCGAGGCGAUUCCAAAGUACUGGCUCUUCAUGUACUAUGUUUCGAUUUAUCGGUACCCUUUGGAUUGUCUGGUUAUUAACGAAUAUUGGAGCGAAAGGGAAGAGUGUUUUUCGAGAAGAGACGAUAUUCGGACGGAAUGUGUGCUGACGGGGCGGGACGUGUUGAGGAACAGAGGAUUCGAACACGACACGAGAUGGUUUAAUGUCGGGAUUAUGUUGGUGUUUUUCGUGUUUUAUCGGCUGCUUGCUUGGAUUGUUCUCGUGAGAAAAGUUUCGAAAACUACGUUGUGA